AUGGGGCAGCCCACGGAGAAGAGAGGAGAAGGGCGGGCCGCGCCCAGCCCGUACGGCCCGCAACUCACACAUAGCGCAACCCAAAACCAGCCCGCAAACGGCCCGCGUGUAGCCCAUGCUGCUUUGCGCGGCCUAACAAGAGGAGAACGCGGCCCAACAGGAGUAGAACGCGGCUCAACCUGUUUGCGUACGGUCAUGGUGCUUCCAGCGCGGCCCAAAGACCUGUUCCUGCGGCCUAGAGGCGCCGAACAUAGAAAAAUCAAACUUGAUUUCUACCAAUUAUCCACAGCAAUAACUCGAAGCCAAAGACGGGGAGAAGGAGUCUCGGGCCUGAAAUCGGCCUCGGCUUUCUCUGGUCACUCCCGUACGGCCGCUGCUCAGGGUUACGGCGUCUCACCCUGCUCUAUUCGAACGUCGAAGACUUGGCAACCAGAGAGGGAGAUUCUUAAAGCAGCAGCUCGAGACUGGUUGGAUUUCAAAGGGGAGGCAAUGGAAAACUGA